UCAAACUAUUAAUAAGAAAGUUAAAAGUCAUGUUAUCAAUAUGGUUAAUAGCAGUAAUAGGAAUAAAAUUAUUAGCAAAGUUAGUAGUGAGGAUAAUGUUAGUAAUGAAGUAAAUUAUAAGACUAAUUAUGAGGUUGAUAGUAAAGAUAAUUGUGACAAAAUUGGCAGUAGGAAUUAUAAUAGAAUUUAUAGUAAUAGUGAUAAGAAAACUCAUAAUAGUAAGUGUAUAUUCAAAAUCUUGUUUAGAGUACUAUUUUGA